UUUAAUUGUCGUAAGAAUUUAUGAUAGCCGCGUUUUCACCUCCUGGCCGCGCUCCAACAAUGACUGUUUUGAUGGAAACCCACGUGACUGACUCCGCUAAUAGGACCUCCUCCUCCUCCGCCACCUCCUCCUGUCUUCUGAGCUCCUUUACAAACAAGUCGCAGAUAAGAAGCCAAGAAGGACCCUCCCGUGGGUAGUGCCUCACGAACACUUCUCAACGUGACACUGUUUAUUUCCACGGCGCUGUCAGGAGCACUCUUCACUUCUUCCUCUGACUUGGAGCUAGUGUGUGCGUGUUUUUGCGGACGGAUAUCAACUUUUGAAAACUUUUUUUUUUUUAGGACACUGACGCUGAUGGGAAAUGGCUAAGGUCUCUCCAUCAACAUUAACAUCAACAGCAGCAAUGGCAUCUGACUCAGAGCUCUCACGUCUUGGGGGCAUCGAGGCAUUAAAUUUGAAGGUGGGGCCGGUGCGGAGGAACCUCUUCGGGCCGGUGGACCACCAGCAGCUGCAGCAGGACUUCCAGCGGCUGCUCUGCAUGAGCGUGGAAGUGGCCAACAAGCGCUGGAACUUCGACUUCCAGAGCGAGAUGCCGGGAAAUGGCACCAACGUCGAGUGGGAGGAGCUCAGGUGCCAGGACGUGCCGGCGUUUUACCGCAGCUGCACGGUUAGGGCAGCGGCGCCACUGCAGGACAAAAGGCGGACGUCUUCUUCGUCGUCAGGCGAUUGUUCCCCGGGGUCCAGCAGCUCGUCCGGGUCUGGGGAUGAGUAUCUGGAGGUGACCACAAGGGGGUGCUACCGGCUCAAACGGCAAGGAAAACGCAAACAGUCUGCCAUCACAGAUUUCUUCAAGGUGAAGAAGACCAAGCUUCUCCAUUACAAAGCAUCUUCCCGGCAGUAGAAAAGCACAACUAAGACCUAGUGGGAGAUCACUUAGUGGUCGAGAUCCCUACUACACGUCACCUCACAUAGAUAUGUGUCAUAUCAUAUGUAUAUAUGUAGCAAUUUGUAACUGACUGUCAACAAGCUCAUGCAGCAUGGGCUUAAAAACUCCUCCUGACACCACAUACCUUAAAUUUUCAGCACAAGGAAGCUACCAUUUUUUUCCUACUUAGUCAAGCUCAGACUUUAGAAACGGUUUGUGUUGAUAAUUACAAAUAUUCUAUAUACUGUUUUUCUCAGCUUUUGACUAUACUGUGAAAUGAUUUUGAAUGCACUCUUAAUAACAGAAACCAGGCUUUUGUUUUAAGAGGUUAAUUUUCUUCUGAGCGGGGCCUCGGAUAGUAUUUGACCUCAGUCCUCAACCUUUUUUCCUCCCUCUUGCUAAAAGUCACAAAGAGGUUUCAAUUAGAUGAGUUACUAUUCCUGGCCUCGCGUCACACUUAGCCUUUAGUCUCGCCCCACAGCUCCCAAAGCACGAGAGUCGAGCCAGAGGUCAAAACCUCACCCAGGGCUCAAAAUUUGGCAGCGCGACUGUGAUUAGCUCCAGGUUAAAGGUCAACGGUGGAGGUCUGGCGAUGAGAUAAUGCGGCCGUACCUGUACGAUAAGUGACUUCAAAUCUUAAAAGUACUAAUAAUAAUGUUUCAUAUGUGACUAUUUAUUUAUUAUUCUUGAUGGUAUAUCAUCAAAAUAAAAUAAACAAGCAAUAAAACGAGGUAAGAUAAGGUGUUAGGAAACCUGUGCCAUUGCCCCCAAAUUAUGCGUUAGUCAUUAUGGCUCAUAUACACUCCACCGUUGCCGCUUAGAAAUAUUGGCUAUAAAUACUUUACACCAUCACAACAUAGCAAAAAAAAAUAUUCCAACUAUAUUCCCUUUUUUGCUUUGUAUUAUUUGCAUAAUGGGGUUGUAAAAAAUCUCUCUAUUUUUUGGCAACAGACCUGAACAUACCUUAUUAUGUUUUUCAUCAGGUUCAUGCUUGUAACUUAUGUAGCAUUUUUUUCCCCGCUCUUUGUCUUCAUGCGAUUUUCACCUUGUAGGUUUUAAACACGCCUCUUUUCUCCAUGAAGGGAAUGUAGCGUUUUAUCACUGUGCUGCAGCUCAAGAGGGAUCAAAACUUUUUUUCUGUUUUGAUAUGAAGAGUCGAGCUGCUUCGCAUUUUUCCUGUCGCUGUGCUGUUCUUUUCUGUGUCUCUUCAAGUGUACAUACGUGUGUUUGUGUGCGAAAGUGUCUGUUUUAUCUUGAGGUUAAACUUUAUGGCAGCUGAGGCAGUUGAACCAAAGAAAAUUGCUGUGCCAUUAAAUUUAGAGACGCAUCAUUUAUACAAAGUUGUUCACUGUUUGAGUGAUCAGUUAUGGGUCUCGAGCAUGUCCAGAUCUUCAAAUAUAUUGUGUAAACACACCUUAAGUGACUCAAAUAGGACGUGCGUGCCUACUUCUUUUUCCCUGACUACAGUAAUGGAUUAAAAGCCAUAACCUGGAUUAAUCUACUCUACUACCUCAUCAAGUGAUUCAGUAAAACAAACAAGUUAAAUAGAUGUAAAAAUGUAGCUCAGGUUGUCUGUGUCCACAGACGAAAGAGAGACAGCGAGACAGGAACGAGGGGGGUUCGGGGCUUAUUAUUCUGUUGUGGUAAAAGCUGUCGAGGUUCAGCGCUCCGUGUAGAGUUUCACAUCAGGUAAAAGAGUCAGUGUGUCAGAGCGGGGCCCAGCGCCAC